AUGGCACCCCAUGCUGAGGUCGACGUGGCCUCUGUCAAUGGCAACGGUAAUGGGCACCUGAGCUCCAGUGGAGCCUCCAAUGGGUCCGAAUCCCGUGAGCUCUUCACGGUCGAGUCGCCCAAUGUGACGUACACGGACUCAGAGAUUUGGUCCAAGUACACGUACCGCACCACCACGGUCAGCCGCGGAACUAAUGGCAAAUAUGUGGCCACUCCACGCGAGACUCUGUACGACUUCAAGGUCGACCGCAAGGUCCCCAAGCUCGGCGUCAUGCUGGUGGGCUGGGGCGGCAACAACGGCUCCACUGUGACAGCCGGUAUCAUUGCCAACCGCCGUGGCCUCGUUUGGGAGACGCGCGAGGGCCCACGGGCCGCCAACUAUUAUGGAUCUGUCAUUAUGGGUUCUACUAUGAAGCUCGGCACCGAUUCGGAGACGCUCAAGGAUGUCAAUAUCCCGUUCCACGACGUCCUGCCCAUGGUUCAUCCCAAUGAUUUGGUCAUCGGCGGCUGGGACAUCAGCCGCCUGAAUCUCGCUGCUGCCAUGGACCGUGCUGCAGUCUUGGAACCCACCUUGAAGGCACAAGUCCGCAAGGAGAUGGCCGAGAUGACGCCGCUGCCGAGCAUCUACUAUCCCGACUUCAUCGCCGCCAACCAGGAAGACCGCGCUGAUAACCUGAUUCCCGGCUCCAAGGCCUCCACAGAGCACGUUGAACGUAUCCGCAAGGACAUCCGUGACUUCAAGGCCAGCCACAACCUGGACAAGGUCGUCGUGCAGUGGACCGCCAACACAGAGCGAUUCGCUGACAUCAUUUCUGGCGUGAACGACACGGCCGAAAACCUGCUCAAGGCUAUUGCCGAUGGCCACGAGGAGGUUGCCCCGUCGACCGUGUUUGCCGUCGCCUCUAUUCUCGAGGGCGCGCCUUUCAUCAACGGCUCGCCCCAGAACACAUUCGUGCCCGGUGCCAUCCAGCUUGCGGAGCAGCACGGAUCCUUCAUUGGCGGCGACGACUUCAAGUCCGGCCAGACCAAGAUGAAAUCCGCCCUCGUCGACUUUCUGAUCAGCGCUGGCAUCAAGUUGACCUCGAUUGCCAGCUACAACCACCUUGGCAACAAUGACGGCAAGAACUUGAGCUCCCAGAAGCAGUUCCGCUCCAAGGAAAUAUCAAAGUCCAAUGUUGUUGACGACAUGGUCGAGGCCAACAACGUUUUGUAUGCCCCAGGCGAGCAUCCUGACCACACGGUCGUGAUCAAGUACAUGCCCGCUGUUGGCGACAACAAGCGUGCCCUGGACGAAUACUAUGCUGAGAUCUUCAUGGGUGGCCACCAAACCAUUUCGAUCUUCAAUGUUUGCGAAGACUCGCUCCUAGCCUCUCCCUUGAUCAUUGAUCUUGUGUUGGUCACCGAGAUGAUGACUCGCAUCCAGUGGAAGGCUCAGUCAGCUGGCAGUGAAAGCACAAAGGACUUCAAGAGCUUCCACAGUGUUCUGAGCAUCCUCAGUUACAUGCUCAAGGCCCCUCUGACGCCCCCCGGCACGCCUGUCAUCAAUGCCUUGGCCAAGCAGCGCGGCGCUCUUACCAACAUUUUCCGCGCAUGUGUUGGCCUCGAGCCCGAGUCAGACAUGACUCUGGAGCACAAGCUGUUCUAG